AUGCUCUCCUCUACGGCCCUGUUAGCCGUUCUCCGCCUGGCAGACGUUCUCACCUUUGCGGAUGGCUCUGCUGCUGACGUGGCUCUGGGCAGAGGCAGCAGCAGCAUAGGCAGCAGCAGCGGUAGCAGCCUAGGGAGCAGCAAGGGAGGAGCAGCGGUGGGGCUAGGCAGGGUGGUGGCGGGCCUGUUUGCUCCCAGCUACUCUGUCUCUGUCGCCCCUGCUGGUGCUGUUGGUGGUGGGGGAAAAUUGGGGAAGGGAGGGAAGGGUGGGAGGAGCAGGGGCGGGCGCAGUGGGUUUGUGCCGCUGCAUACUCUUGCUAGGGUGCUGCCGCUGUCGCUCUCAUAUCUCCUCUACAUGGUGGUGGGCAUGGCGAGCAUAAGGGGAGUGAACGUGCCCAUGUACACGGCUCUCAGGCGCACCACGGUGGCCUUCACCCUUCUGGCCGAGCGACUGCUGUCAAGCAAGCGACACUCCUCAUACACGCUCAUCAGUGUGGCAGUCAUAGUCACAGGAGCACUGCUCGCAGCACUAAGGGACUUCUCAUUUGAAGCAUAUGGCUACUCACUCGUCUUCCUAUCCAACAUCACCACCGCACUCUACCUCGCCUUUAUUGCAAGACUCGGGAAGGCUACCGGGCUUAACAGCUUCGGCCUCAUGUGGUGUAAUGGCGUCAUCUGCAUCCCCGCCCUCCUCCUCUGGACAUUCCUCUCGGGGGAGAUUCAACGGGCGCUCGACUUUCCAGCGCUGCUGCAACCCGAUUUCCUGGCUGUGCUGUCCAUGUCAUGCCUCAUGGCCUUUGCUCUCAACUACACCAUCUUCCUCAACACCUCUCUUAACUCUGCCCUCACCCAAACCAUGUGUGGCAACAUCAAGGAUUUAGGAACGGUUGGAAUCGGUUGGGCACUUUUUGGAGGCUUGCCUUUUGACCUG